AUGAAUAUCACCAUGAUUGAAUUAUGGCCGACUCUUGGUGCAUUUGGAUUUUAUACAUGGGUUUACGCUAGAAUAUUUUGUAAUGACUCUAACUGGAUUUGGUUGAAUUCUUCGUCGAUCAAAUUCUCAUAUUCAUUCGAUUCUCCAUUAAGUGAAUCUGAGUAUCCAGAACCAUAUCUACCUCAAUUAUUCAUAACAUCAAAUCCAGAUCAUCAUUUUGAAAUAUUUGCCGAUAUUUUAUUAUUAUCAUCAUUAUACAUGAAACCCGUAUUCGGUGAUUGUCUAUGGACAUCUGCAAAUUAUACAGAUUCUCUGAAUCAAACACAAACAACGACAAUCUAUUCGGGAUGGUUAUCACCUGAAAAACUGAAUGAAGUUGAACCGGAGCUACAUCACAACAUCUGUGUUGUCUUGCCACAACCAUUUCGUGUCAAUGGAAAACCGUACACAAUGUUUAUCAACAUUACACAAAACAAUAGUUUCCAUUGGCCAUCGAAUAUUUCUUGGUAUACUAUUCCCUCUCCAUCAUCGAAUGACAUAUCAAAAACAAAGCCGGUUUCAGAUGCUUGGUAUAACGAACUUCAAUGGCCAAAAGCAUUUGCAAACCAGUGGAGAUCGGAUAUGUAUCGAUUAAGUGGUAUAUAUCCACUUGAGUACGAAAAUACAACACAAAUCUAUCUGAGUCGUAAAUCUUCUAUACAAACCAAUAAUCAAUUAUUAGAUUUGAUCGAUUAUCUCAUUGAACGAUACAACAAACUGGAUAUUCGGACGGAAAAACAGAUUUUUCACUGGCGAAAUAUUACACAAGCAAAUCUUAUUGCUUACAUACCAGCUAACGGAUCUUACAAGUGUCAUGAACCUGUACUUUUUAUCGAUCACAUCGACACUGCAUUCGAAGGAGAUACAUUCGCCGAUACGGGCAAACGACAGUCAACACCAGGUGCUGAUGACAAUGUUAGUGGUAUGCUUGCUUUACUGCAAUCAGCUUCGAUACUGAAAAAAACGCAAGAAAAAGCGUGCCGUGACAUAUGGUUAGUGCAUAUGACAGGUGAAGAAUAUCCCGCGGCUAGUUUGGGUAUCAGCCAUUUCCUACAGCAAUUAUUUAUAAAAAAGCAACCGAUUCAUACGGCCGUCAUUGUUGAUAUGAUAGGUCAUCGUGUCCAUCGAAGUGAUCCUAUUGUUCAAGUUAACGCAGGAGAUACAACUAAAUCAUUACUCAUGGCUGAAUUAGCUCUUAAUUAUGUUUAUCCACGAAUCAAGAACGAUUUAAUCUUACAGAAUUUACAGCCAGUACUACGUCGAUGGAGUGAUCCCUUUGCGUAUUUGUACAAUACUGACGGUGUCAGGUUUGUUGAAUAUGGUUUUACUUGUCUGCUCUUCAAUGAACACAUAAAUUAUCAUGAAAAUUUCGAACGUGAUGGAUAUCAUGAUACUUUAGAUACAGUGAAUUUAAUUGAUUUUGAAUAUGGACAAACAGUCUCUCAAUAUGCCAUUGCCACAGUUGCAAUGUUGGCUCAUGCAGAUUGCCGCUCAGACUCAUAUUGGAACGAUGCGAAUCCGAUUCUUAUUAUGGGACUAAAUAUAUUAUUAUCAAUACUUUUUGAAAUGUAA